AAAGCGUAGGCUAUUGCUUCUUCUAGUUAUUGACCUUUUCACGGUUGAUAAGAUAUCCGGAAAAGCUUAAAGCUGACUAUACAGUAUAGCACUAGAUACAGAGAAGUGUAGCAUUGAUCCAAAGCCUUUUGUCAAACACAACUUGUUAUAAAGUCUAAAUUAACAACACGUACGAGUCUGCAGAUUAAACGUCUGCGCAUGCGCAUUACUGUUUGUAUAAAUAAGUCAUAUGCGCAUUUGACUAUUCUGUUCUAUUUCACUUAAACGGACUAGGCAGAUAGGCAAAAUGAUGAUGUCGGUUUGGACAGUGAUGUUCCUGGGGAGUGCCCUUACAGUGCCGUGUCUUGGGUACGGCCUGGGGCCACCCAUAGGUGCGUGCGUGAGUAUGUGGCCAGGCCAUGAGGUUGACGCCCAGUCUACGGACCCACCAUACACAAUCACAGUCAGCAAGAAUACGUAUACCCCUGGGGAACAAUUAACGGUUUUCGUCAACACCACUGACCUGAAUCCGGAGAUACAGUUUUUCGAAGGUCUGAUAAUCCAAGCUAGGCGUGCCAAGUGUAGCCAUGUACACUAUCAAGAAGCUGUCGGCUCGUUUACAUUGGAGAGUGGCGAGGAUUUCCUAGGCCUGCUGAACUGUCAGGGUGGAGUUAACAGUACUGUCGCUCACAGGGCCCAUGACCACAUCUACAAUAGAACAUUCACGUGGAUAGCUCCGUCAACAAGCGUGGGACAUGUUUACUUCAGGGGGACAAUUGUCAGGAGGAAAACAACUUUUUGGACGACAGUGAAGUCGACAUUUAUUCGGGACACCUCGGAUACUUCCACCCCAGAGUCAUGCUAUGUCCAGACAGAGCAAGCAGAUACCUGUACUAGUUCUGCAAAUAUCCGAAAACUCUCAAAUCUUGCUGUCUUCAUUAUCAUCGCGAUAUGGUGGUUCAGAAUAUAAUUUCAUUUUCUAUUCGAAAAUUCGAAAACAGAAAGGUUUUAAAUGUGUUGAAAGGGGAAAAAACGUAGGGUAAAUGCAGAAUAGUAUAAUAAUUUUUAGUGCAUAUAACGAGCAGCUUUAUCUGCAGUAAGAUGUCAUUCACGCAAAUACAAGACGAAUAUGGUCCUGUCUUGACGACGAGACGUCACACGUAGACGUCCAGAUCGCAGUCGCACGGCAACGAGCGCAGUCUCCUUCAAACGUCUGUAAUAGUAAUAGUAAUACAAUUGCCUGAACACCUUUCACUCGAAUAUAAUUAAAAGACAAAAUAUGUAACCUGACCAGGACAGUCGUCUGACCGAGUUUUAUAAUUUUUGUGCAAUCCAUUGACGAUAGAAUUGCAUACUUCUUACCUUGCGUUUCGUUUCCCCUCAAUUACAUAAUAUAUCCUACGGAAACAAACAUAUAACCCAGUGAUUUAACAUUAUAUUCAGAAAUUGAUAACCAAAUGAAUAGCGCAUUGCUGGGCAAUACCUCACUUUUGGGGCUUUACUGUUAAGCGUGCGCCCAGGUGAGGAAAGCAAUGGGUUCUGUCCCCAGGCUGGGGCAUACCAAAGUCUUUAAAAAUGUUAGUUGUUAUUCCGUGCUUCGCGCAAUGAAUAAACAUUACCAUUAUUAAGUAAUUCUAAUUUGACGGCGAACAGACAUAUAAGUUAAGCAAGACAUUUCAUCGGAGUACAAACUUCUCCUUUCGAGAUGAUCGUGGCAAAACAUCACACUUUUUCAUCGCCUUAGGUUCUAUUGAAAAUUCAUAUCUGUUGUUUUCAAUUCAUAACCCACAUGAUGUUUACAUUAGAGAAUCAUUGACGCUUGAUUAACGUGUGAACUAAUACACAAAUACCGAGAUAACUCAUACUUCGCAUACACUCAAUUUCCUUAACUCUUCAGUUUGUACUAAGUUGUGAGGAAAUUCAUUUUUGAUUCAGCCAGAGCGGUUUUUAUGUUACGUAUGAAGCAUUUUUUGACAGGUCUCAAUUAAAUAAUAAUUUCGUGCUUAACAGCCGAUCAACAUCGUUAUUAAGGUCAGGAAAUGAUAUAUAAUAAUAAAUGUCAAGUGAAAAUGACUUCGCACAAACGAAAUGCUAAAAGAUAAGCGUGAAUUUAAUAAUAAAGCUCCGUUUCGUGACUCAGAUAUUUUUUCGAAACAGAAGAACAAUUUUCAGAUGGUUUAUAAUAGUAGCUACAUUUUUGUUUCGAAAAGAGAUUUAAGACAUGAAACAUUAUUAUACAAAUAUUCUCGAGUUGACUGACGAUCUACACAAUCUUAAAACAAGUGUUUUACUGAUUUUGAAUUUGAGACUGACACUAACACAAAUUUACAGGAAAAUUAAUAUCGACCUGUAAGUUAAGUACAGUUUACUAUGUUCUACAAAUGACAUAUUUGUUUCGUCACCAUGUUAGUAGCAAAAUAGCAAAUUAAAGAUACAUAUUGUAUUGAACAUAUCUCGAUCAAGUGAAUGUAUCAGUUAUAUGUUGUAUUAUAUAUCUAACAUAAGUACAUUAACAACAAAUACAUAAAAUAUAUCAUUACUGUAUCAUAUACUUUUCUUCGAAUUAAAAAU